GCAUGCGUGUGAAGGCCACAGUUGUUAUGGACUCGCCCCCGGGAAUGGACCUCGGUCUGCUAACUCAGGGUUUCCACAUUGUUGUUUUCUCAUUCUCAAGAGAAACCUCUCCCAGGCCUGGGCUAUUUACUGCAGCUGUUCUCAACUUGUUGAAUGACUGGAGAAUUUACUAUAUAUUUGGUUUCCAUUUACGAGCUGUUUUAAAGAAGGGAUAAAACCGAUUUUUCGGAGAAAGCAGAAGGUCUCUCCUCAACAUGGCUGCAGAAAUCACUUAUGCUGAACUGAGGUUCAAAGCUGAAUCCUCAGGCCCCAACACAGACAAUCCUGCAGCUCCCGAAGGGAAGCCCACCCCUCAGAGAAGUAAUCUUUCUCUUCCCAAGAUGCUUGUCUCAUUGCUGAUAUUCCUCCUUUUGGCCAUCAUAUUCUGUAUUGCUUUUAUCAUUUUCUUUCAAAAAUAUUCUCAGCUUCUUAAAGAAAAGAAGACUCUCAAAGAAAGCACACAGAAGCACACAGAACUAGAGUGUAAAAGAAGCAAUUCAUCUAGAAAAGACAAAGUCUGGAGCUGCUGCCCAAAGAACUGGACGUCAUUUAGCUCCUACUGCUAUUUCUAUCCAACUGGAGCAAAAUCGUGGGCUGAGAGUGCAGAACGCUGCUCUGGCAUGGAUGCUCAUCUGGUGGUGAUCACCAGCAAGGAAGAGCAGGAUUUCAUAACUGAGAAUAUGAACAUUAAAACUGCUUACUAUGUGGGGCUGUCAGAUCCACAAGGUCAGAGACAUUGGCAAUGGGUUGAUCAGACACCAUACAACGAAAGUGCCACAUUCUGGCAUCCUAAUGAGCCCAGUGAUAAGGAUGAACAUUGUGUUAUGUUAAAUUAUCGUCCAUUAUUGCAACAGUGGGGCUGGAAUGAUGCUCGUUGUGAAUUGCUUCAAGGGUCAGUUUGUGAAAUGGUGAAUAUCUAUUUAUGAGUCAAACAUUCUCCCUGUGUACGUGCCUCAAUUGACAUCCAUCAUUAUACAGAUAGCUAACAAUGUUUUCAUUAUGUGUAAGGGAUGUCCAUAGAGUUUUUAGGUAAGUGGUCAACUAUUCCACUUAUAAAAAAUUAGUUACCAUGCUUAUGUGUUUAUUUACUUAUGCACACAUUCAAAAUCAAUCAUUUACUGAGCAUUUUGCAUGUUCCACAGACUACACUAGAGACUUUACUUGUUCACACAUAGAAGGCACAAAACUUUCUAAUUGGUAAAGUGUAUUUAGUGACAUAAUUCUAUGAUACAGGUCUUCCACUUAUUUCUUCUUUUUACCCUUUACCUUUAUUAAUGUAUAAUUAUCAACUCUGAACUGUAUAUUUUGAGCAACACAAUGCUUACUUGAUAUACAUAUAUACUAUGAAAUAAUUACUACAAUCAAGUUUUUUAUUACCUACUAUAGUUAACUAUUUUGUCUUACUAAAAAUGUUUGGGAUCUCCAUAAGCAAGUUUGACUUUCAAAUGUAAUACUGUUAGCCAUUGUCCCCUCCCUGUGAUAGCAGGUACCUACAAAAUUCAUUGUUUAACUCGCACAUAUCUCACUAUUUUCUCACUUCUAUUCCAUUUUAACCACCAUUCUACUCUUUUUCUAGGAGGUUGACUUUUUAGAUUCUACAAAUAAAUAUGACCGUAUGGUAUCUAUUA